CUUCUCUGCUCUGUCUCUUUUGUUUCGAUCUCCUGGAAACCAAUCGAAAAAGAAAAACCCAAUAAAAGGAAACAAGGAACCCUAAAUCAAGUCGUUUCUCGCUUCUCCUGUCGAUCCUUCUACUCUCUCCUCCAUGUCCAAUGCACGGUCUCUUCUCCUCUUGAUCGAGACGAACAGAGAGCCCGAUGGUGAGUCAAUCGGCGACGAAUGCGACGAAAUGGUCGUCGGCGAGGAGGACGCCGAAGGAAGGGAUAACGAGGGUC